UAUUAUUAUGUAUAUAUAUAUAUAUAUAUAUAUAUAUAUAUAUAUAUAUAUAUAUAUAUAUAACCAGACUGAUUUGCAACUAACAUACAUUUAUCUGAAAGGACCAAUAAUCAGAUUAGACAUGCAUGCACACACACGCAUGCAUACAUACAUGCUCGCAUACAUACACACACAUGUAGGUAGUUAACAAGAUGACAUAUUUCUGAUAUUUAUUACAAUGUAUUCAAUGUGUAAUUUUGGUUAUUUAGAGGCAGCAGCUUUGCAUGUGCUCUUGUUAGUGCCUUUUUAUGUGUAUAACUAUUUGCAAAUUAAUUCACAAUGUUUUACUACUGACCCUUGUUCUUACAUGUACAUCUCUGUUUAAUGUUACCCGGGAUACAUGACAGUUUAUUAAUUUGUGAAGCUGUAAUAAUGUGUAUGUUGUAUAUUAAUUAACGACAUUAAAAGUAUAUUUUUUUUAUCAAAAGAAAUUUGUCAGAUUUAUUAGUUAUAUUAAGUAGUUGUGUACAGCGCUUGAAUGAGGUGAAAUGGGUCUUGGUAUCUGUCUUCCGUGAAUGUCGGGGGUGGGACGUAGCCCAGUGGUAAAACACUUCCUUUAUGCGCAGUCUGCGAAGAACUGAUUCCUGUUGGUGGGCUCUUUAGGCUAUUUCUCAUUCCAGCCAGUGCUCCACAACUGGUGUAACAAAUGCUGUGCUGUAUAUAUUACCCUAUCUGUGGAAUUGUGCAUUUAAAACAUCUUUUGUUGCUAAUUGAAAAUAGCUUGUGCAUUAUUUGGUAGUGAAUUUCAUAAAUGUGUUGAGUGAUUCGUUAAAUAAAACAUUAUUUAUUUCUUUUCCUUAGUAGUCAUUUGGGUUAUUUGCUAUAACUGGCAAAGAUGAAGCAAUGACUGACCCAAUAUAAAAAUAUUCAAAUGUAACAGGCUGCUAUCAGUAAACUAUUUGUAGUCCCAAUUGGUGGGUGCUUAAUUAUAAUUAGUAAUGAGACACCACAUAUAAAAGAUAUCAAACAUAGCACAAGUUAUUAGGACAUUGAUAUUUGAAUUCAAAUAUUUUCAAUAUUAUGGCUUGCCCCUCUUAUUAUUACAUUUUUUAAAUUCUUUUUCUUUUUUUUCUUUUUUUAAAAUUCUUUUUACUUUCUUUCUAAACAACGCUCCCGCACAAGUACUCUUAUUAUGAAGGCGGAAUUUAAAUCGGAAGAAGCGUAAUGUUUUCCUAAACGACAGUUCCGGUCUGUGUGAGGUUGUUAUUUUUAUCAACAAGAAGUGACAACGCACUUCUCAUCAAUCAUGAAAUAUUAUAUUGUCAUGGAAUCGUUGUCGAUGCCUUGGCUAUUUAGGAAAUAAUUGUAAGCUAUAUUCAUGGGGUCGAGUGCCAGCUCAAAGUCUGCCAGUCCUCGGUCGGGAUCCAGAGCCUCGUCUUCAUUGUCGAAGGAAAAACAGGACAAUGUCAAAGAAAAGGCGAGUGCAUCUUUAACACAUCAGUCGAGCCAGGCACCGAAGGAUCUGAUGAUCAGCUACAGCCAUGCAGAUAGAGAGAUGAUGAUGAGGAUCAAAGACAAACUACAAAGCAGUGGUAUUUCUGUUUGGGUUGAUGUUUCUGGACUGAGAGCAGGUGUUGAUUUUCUCAGCAAGAUUGGACAAGCAAUAAUAGAUGCAAAGCUGUUGGUUUCCCUGCUGAGUAAAACAUCUGUGAAAUCCAAGUACUGCAAAGAUGAGCUUGCGCUGGGAUAUGUUUCCAACUGUGCCAUAUUUCCAGUUGCUUUGGAGAGCAAGGAAAUACUGUACCCUCUUAUGGACACUGGCAUGAAGCUGCAGCUGGCUAGCUACCCGUGGCUGCUCGUCGAUGAUCCAGACAAGGUGGAGGGAGUCCUCGAGGAGUUGGUGGUUGAGUUGAAGGAUGAGCUCAAACGAAAGGCGGCACUCCUGGAUGAAAAGACUGAAAAGAAAGAGGAACAUGCUGAGGAGUCAGUUGCAGUUAAAAGCAGACCAAAGUUUCAGAGACAGAUGUCGAGACAGAAUUUAAACCGACAUAGGAUAAAGCAGGUAGAAGCAGAUGAAACUUUGUUAAUCAUGCCAGGGAAAUACUGGAGUGACCGGUAUUCUUCAAACACCAUCCAGUGGAAGAAAUUUGUGACGGACUUCAUGUUUCUAUACAAGUCUCACCUGGAGAAAACAUUCACCUCUGAUGACCAGGUCUGGCUGAUGAGCAUCCUGCGAAGAGAGAUGGAAGUCGGCGAGGAUGACAUGCUCGACAAAGAGAAAUUCUUAGCUUUCUGUGAGAUCGACGACGAAGUAUUUCCGCUGUGGGUCCGAGUGCAGGAUCAAGCCUUGGAGAGUAUUUCAAUGAAAGGAGUCUUUGAUAUGGACUCCUCAGUGCGAGUAGAAGCUAUUGAGAAUUUAGGUAAAUACCGAAGUCCGGCAGUUAUUCAGGCUCUCCAUGAUUUGUUAUCUGACCCUGACGCCAACGUGCGAGCCGUGGCCGCCGUCUCGCUAGCGCGGACCAACGCCAGUGACAAACACACCAUCAACUGCAUCAUGAACAUCCUCAACGACAAUGACAGACUGGUGCGGGAAGCAGGGUGUCUGGCUCUUGGUCACUUACAGGCCAAACCAGCUGUCAAGAAAAUACUUAAUAUGUGGAGAAAUGAUGUCAUCUCCCAUGUGCGAGACGCAGCGUUUGUUGCCCUGCAGCAGAUAGGUGGCGCUGAGGUGGAGAGAGAGAUGCACGUCACUAAAGUGUUGGCCGAUGAGAUCAGACAGCUCACUAAAUAGCAUCACUAUAACAUUAGACAUAGGACACCGGUUAAAUAAAUAAAUAAUUUUCUGUAGAAUAUUUCAAAGAUAUUUUUAUAAUAGUGACAUCACAAGAAAAGUUAUAUCAACACUCAAUGGUAUUCACUGUCACCAACAAUUAUAUUUAAAUAUGUUGAUAUUUUUAUAAUAGUGACAUCACAAGAAAAGUUCUAUCAACACUCAAUGGUAUUCACUGUCACCAACAAUUAUAUUUAAAUAUGUUGAUAUUUUUAAGGAUUGUCUGUUAUUUCUUUUACAUUCAUCGGGUACGAACAAAACAAAUCAUCCGCAAACUGUGUGAAUACAGGCUAAUAAUAACACUAA